GCCAACCAGGCAGUGCAGCUAUCGCGCCUGCGCCGGCGCAGCACUAACUUCUGCGGGGCUAGUGGCGACCCGGCCUGCGCCUCCGAGACCACUGCGGAGAGGAAAGAUGUGGGUUUUCGGUUACGGGUCCCUGAUCUGGAAAGUGGACUUCCCCUAUCAGGACAAGCUGGUUGGAUACAUUACAGGCUACAGCAGGCGCUUCUGGCAAGGCAGCACAGACCACCGCGGAGUCCCCGGCAAGCCUGGAAGAGUUGUGACUCUUGUUGAAGAUCCUGGGGGUUGUGUAUGGGGUGUUGCUUACAGACUGCCAGUAGGAAAGGAAGAAGAAGUAAAAGCAUACCUUGACUUUAGAGAGAAAGGAGGCUACAGGACCACAACAGUCAAUUUUUAUCCAAAAGAUCCCACAACAAAACCAUUUAGCGUGUUGCUAUAUAUUGGAACAUGUGAUAAUCCUAAUUACCUUGGUCCUGCACCUCUGGAAGACAUUGCUGAACAAAUUUUUAAUGCAGCUGGUCCAAGUGGAAGAAAUACUGAGUAUCUUUUUGAGCUUGCAAAUUCUAUUAGGAACCUUGUGCCAGAAGAUGCAGACGAGCAUCUUUUCUCUUUGGAAAAAUUAGUAAAGGACCGUUUAGAAGGAAAACAGAACCUCAACUGCUUAUAAAGACCUAAUCAUUGACUUCCAAACAAGCAGAGCUUUUAGUCUUUAGAAAAUAGUUUCUGCACAAUGACAAUGUGGUUUAGAAACAUGUUUACUUGAAGAUCUUAUUUAUUUUUAAUGUAGUCAAGAUAUCAAAAUUUAUAGUUUAAUUGCUGGUGUCCUGAAACACAUACAUAUUCAAAAUAAUGGGGUACGGUAAAGAAAAAUAAUUCAAGUUUUAAUAAUAAUGAUUUCCUAACUAUAUAAUAUUGAACACUUGCUCAUGAGAAGUGAGUUCUUUAGAAAAAUACAAUGAAGGAUGCAGUUUAAAGCUUGUUUUUAUCAGAGUAAAAAAUAAUUGUUACUUCAUAUCACAAUACUAUUUUAAAGUUGUGGAGAAUUAAACCAAAAAUCCAGUCAAUAUAAUAGGGCUAUACCUUCAUUAUUGUAAGAAUGUACAAUAAUUCUUAAUCAAAAUUCUGUAAUCAUGGUUUAAAAUAUGCAAGCUUAAAAUAAUGGGUAAUUAGAAAUAUACAGUAAUAUAGAUAAGAUUUCAGCCUUGACUGUGAACUUUCUUGUUGAGGUGUUAAAUGAGACCCUUUCCAAUUUAAGCCAAAAAAAUAUAUAUAUAUAUAUAGCAUUUUUAAUAUAAAAAUGUCCUUGGAAUUAUAAUGUACUGUACCUCUCCUCUUUUGAGUAAAUGCAUUAACCACAUGGAAGAAACUCACUUAGCUAAAAAAGCACAAAUUACAUAAUACAAAUCACAUCUACUAACAAUGUCUGUCAUUCACUUUGUAUUAAUCUUAUACUGAAAUUUUUAAAAAAAAAAUAAAGAUGGGCUUUCUAAUAUUACAUAUUAACAAACAUAUAUAAUGAAAGUUUGAUGUUUGAAAUGGCUUUUAGAAUUGUAAUGUUUUUUUAAAGUGGCAUUACCUGAUCAUUUCUUACACAGCUUUUUUUUCCUGCGUCUACCUUGUGACAUAAAGAUAUCCAUUAAAUGGUGUUGAUGCUGCUGCUCAAGCAUUAUUAAUUCAUACAGAAUUAGCCUUGAUUCAAUCUAAUCAGAUUAUUUCUGAUUAUAGGUGAUUCCUUUCUCAAUAGAAUAUAUAGUCUACAAAUCUUUAACAUGAAAAGAAUUUCAGUAUCACAUUAAAUCUAAUAUGAAAUUUAAUAAAAAUUCCUCUAACCCAGGCAUGCCUAAUAAUACAGAAUAAAAUAAAGCUUUCCUACA